AUGUGGAGACAGUUGGAAGCGCAUCGCGCCGUUUUCGCUGAGGCAGUGUUCCCAUUGACGCCACAGAACAAGCACACCAUGACGUGCAAUACCUUGAUGAAGGCAUAUGCGAACCGCGGAUUGGGUCAUAAGGCAGCAGAAUGGCACAAUCGAAUGUGCUCGCAACGAAUUCGGACCAAUGCAAAGACAUAUGGCAAGGUAAUUGAGGCCUUCGCUAAGUCUGGGGACUUGGAGAAUGCCUUGGCCUACCUCGCACGAAUGAGUCAGUUUUUUCCACCGGACAAGAUCAACUUCAAUACGGUCAUCGCUGCUGCAGCACAGGCAGGCUUGGUGCCAGAGACAGAGGCUUUGAUGCUUGGCUUGACUCAGCGGCGUAUUGAACCAUCACUCGAGAGCUACGGAAGCCUCCUGAAUGCUUAUGCAAAGGGGAGCAAUGCUGCUGCAGCUAUUGAAGUUCUUCAAGGAAUGGGGCACUUGCAAAUCACGCCAAAUCAGGUUUGCUUCAGUGCAGCUAUGGAUGCCUGCAGCCGGGCCGCACGGCCAGACGAAGCCAUCGAUAUACUUCAUCAAAUGCAGAAUCAAACCAUUGCUCCAGAUGUGGUGGCGCUGUCCAGCAUCGUCAAUGCAUUCUCUCAACUUGGCAAGGCAGCCGAUGCUGCCAAGUGGCUAGAGCAAGCAGAAAAUGUUGGACUGAGCCCGAACAUCAUUACCUACAACUGCAUUAUUCACGCCUGUGCCCGAGUGGGACAUCCAAAGAAGGCAAUCAAGUGGUUUGAGAGGUUGAGGGCAGCACAGCUGCGGCCCGACGUGUCAUCAUAUUGCGGGAUUCUUGAUGCUUUCGCCAAGAAAGGCCGGCCACUGGCAGAUGCGCAACAUUGGUUCAAUCGACUGGCAGCGCAGCAUAUGCCCGACUUGGGUGCCUUUGUGUCUGUGAUUUUCAUCUGCGCCCGGUCUGGAAGACUUUGGGAAGCCUCCGAGUGGUUGCGGCGCAUGCGGGAGAGUGGGCUGCAGCUUGACUCAGGGCCGUACAACGGAGUAAUAGCAGCUGCAGCACAGGCCAGAGAACCUGAUUGGGCUCUUCGCUGCCUCCAAGAUAUGUUGGAGACUUCUGUCCAGCCCAACAUCAUGACGCACACCAACAUCAUCAACGCUUUUGCCAAAGUCUCUCAGCAUCAAGCGGCCAUUGAAUGGUUGGACGUGAUGGAAGAUGCACAUCAUUCUCCCAAUGUGCUUUCGUUCACUUGUGCUAUCGAGGCUUGUCUUUGGGCCACCGAGUGGGGUGAGGCGUUGCGCCUGUUGCAGCGCAUGCAGCAGCGAGGUGUCCCUGCAGAUUCUGUUCUCAUUCGCAAGCUCAAUCGACAAAUGGGAUCAGAGGCGCAAACCUUUGUACUUGUAGCGUGGCAAAUGUGGUAUCAGAAAUUUACUGACAUUUGGUGUUUGUUUGUUUGGAAGAGGUUUGGCAACACUUCGUACAUCAACCGUGGCGUCAACAAAAAACUAAGCUAUUAA